UAUUGGCUUCAUUUUUCAGCCCAGGAGGUUGCCGCUUGGUUCAGAUCAGCUGGUGGCUCUGUGCAGACUGCUGGUCAUCAUGAAAGUCUUUGUCUCCAUCUGCUGGUCAGUUCCUGCACUGUAUGCUGUGUCCAGUUACAGCCUAUACCAAUUCUUCACUGAGAGAGGAGUGUAUAUAACUGAUGAGAUAAGAGCUGAAGCCACUUCCACUUCCUACUCCUUAUACUGCCAGUAUCGAGGCUUUGAUUGCAAUACUGAAAACAUGCCUACCAAACUUGAAGAAGGUAUGAUGGUCCUCAGGGAAGCGUUCCACUCCUAUGCCUCAAAAGAAGGAGACCCCAAAACGCUGAACAAAAAAGAGCUGAAGACCCUGAUUGAGACAGAAUUCCCCAGCUUCAUAUCAGACUGCAAGGACCAAGCAUCACUCGAUGAGUGUAUGUCUGAUCUGGAUUUCAACGGCGAUGGUCAAGUGGACUUCAAUGAGUUUAUGAUGGUGCUUGCUACAGUGACUCUGGUGUGUCAGUUCAUGGCAGAAGAGAUGGGCGAGAAUUAGAGCAACUGUGACAACCUGGAAGUCUGCCAUUUAAAUUCAAUCCAUUUGAAAUUCUUAACAGCAUUUACACAGUAACACUGUUCAUCAUGUUAUAGAUGUAAUGGUUUGAAUUGUUUCUUAAUCACAGAAACUUGUAAUGUUGCUAAAAGAAACACCACUGACGAAUCAAUAAUUUAUGAUUUUGUC